AUGUCUGGGAUCCAUGCACCAUGGUCAACUGGCACAGAGUGUGUAGCCAAGUAUAACUUCCAGACCCCCAACGAGCAGGACCUGCCCUUCUGUAAAGGAGACGUACUGACCAUCAUCGGAGUUACCAGGGAUCCAAACUGGUACAGAGCCAGGAACACGGUGGGCAGAGAGGGCACCAUUCCAGCCAACUAUGUCCAGAAAAGGGAAGGAGUCAAGUCAGGAGGGAAACUCAGUCUAAUGCCGUGA